CCUAAUCUUUAUUACUUCCUCAAAACCCCUUCCCCUUGCCCAGGCCGGUCUCCCCUUUCCUCUCCCUCUCUCCCGUCCCCACCCCACCCUCUUCUUCCUCCUCCUCCUCCUCCCUAGCUAGCCCCCUCCUUCCAUGAGAAUAAUCCUGUCCCUUACAUGUGAUCAUGCAUAGGCAGAGGAGAUAGGCAAAAGGGGCAGCUCUCUCUCCUCUUGCGGGCGAGGGCGACGAGACAUGGAUGGUAGAGCAGCAGACGCAGGAGGAGGAACAAGCAGCGGCGGCUGCGGCCACCCCAUCGGCUCGAGGAUCGAGGAGCACCGCAAGUAUAUGUCGGAGUCGAGCUGCUGCUCCAGAUGCGGCCACAAGAUCGACCGGAAGCUGGAUUGGGUUGGGUUGCCGGCCGGGGUGAAGUUCGACCCGACGGAUCAGGAGCUGAUCGAGCACCUGGAGGCCAAAGUUCGGUCCGGUGGCUCCGCGGCGACAGCGCCGGCGAUGGAGGAGGCGGAGUCGCACCCGUUGAUCGACGAGUUCAUACCCACCAUUGAGGGGGAGGACGGCAUCUGUUACACCCACCCGGAGAAACUGCCAGGUGUUUCCAAGGACGGCCUGAGCAGGCACUUUUUCCACCGCCCAUCCAAGGCCUACACCACCGGCACAAGAAAGCGCCGCAAGAUCCAACCCCCAGCAGCAACCGCCGACGCUUCUGCUGCUAUCUCCUCCUCUGCCGCCGCUACAGGUUCUUCUGCUUCUUCCUCGCAGCAGCAGCAGAUGAGGAGCGAGACGCGGUGGCACAAGACGGGCAAGACUCGGCCGGUGGCUGUGGGCGGGCGGCAGAGAGGGUGCAAGAAGAUCCUGGUCCUCUACACCAACUUCGGCAAGCACCGGAAGCCCGAGAAGACCAACUGGGUGAUGCACCAGUACCAUCUGGGCGAGUCCGAGGAGGAGCGCGAGGGCGAGCUCGUCGUCUCCAAGAUCUUCUACCAGACGCAGCCCAGGCAGUGCGGCGCCGUCGUCAGCGGCACCGCCGAAGCCUCGGUGGUGGACAGGAGGAGGGACCGUGCUGCGGCGGCGCCGGCGGCCGCGUCCCACAUGCAGGCUUCGUCCGACAUUAUGACGAUAGCGGCGGCGUUCACCGGCCACGGCGGCGCCGCUGGCAUUGACGAGUUUAGCUUCGAGCAGUUCAGGAACAGCUUCGACGAGGUGGGCACGGGAGCAUCAGAUCACCAAGUAGUGCAAGCUAGGGCUGACGAGGGAGUGCUGCAUCGUCACCAACAGCAGCACCAAGUUGGCGAGCACGAUCACCGGCCGCGACACCAGCUUCACUACACCGGCGGCCUUCUGCAGGAGCAGCAGCAGCGCGCCGCGGCGGUGGCGGCGUGCCACGUCAGCACGCCGACGGACCCCAUUUCCACGCUGAUCGCGGCGCCACGAGUCCACCAGGGCUCGUUCGUGCUUGCUGCGCCGGCGGAUCAGCCGUACGAUCAUGGGGCGCCUAGCUAUCAUCAGCAGGAGGACGAGCGGCCACACCAAACUCCCAAGUUUGAUGGACGGUCGACUUCUGGUCUGGAAGAGGUGAUCAUGGGGUGCACCUCGAGGAGGUCCAAAGGAGGAGAAUCAUCAGGUGGCAAGGAGGGCGCAGGAUGGCAUCAGUACCCCUCGUUCUGGCCUUCUGACAACCAGGAUCAUCAUGGGUGAAAGAGCAACACAUCUCUGCCACCUAGCUUCAGCAGUAGCCAGUCUUGGAGAGACAACCAAAGGCAAGCAUACAUACACCAAUAGGCAACAAGACUAAAAAGCACAGGUAUAGAAGCAUAGAGGAGUGGCUUCCAAGAAACACCCAAAAGGCAAAGUUUCCAACAAAAUCCAACCCCCUCCCUAUCUCUCUCGAUUUACCUUUCUCUUCACCCAAUGUGUCUAGAUAACGGGAUGGAAGUUUCAUUUGAGUGCUCAUCAAAUUUGCAUGUCUAAAGAGACAAAGAUGAUAUUGGAGGAAAAGCAAAAGGGAUGAAAAGAAAAAGUAGACUACAUAAAUCAAAGGUGACAUCACAAGAGAAGGGUCAGUAAACCGUCGGUUGCUCGCUUGGAUCAAUGCAAAAUCAUGACAGCAAUCAUCGUUUAUGAUGGUCCUUUUGGUCAAAUUGUCUGCAUGUUAGUACAAAUCAGGAGCAUACCAUACUUUUUUAUUUCUUUAAUUAUGAUUGUAUUUCUUCAUUGGUUAUUAAUUGCGUUCACCAUUUGCUUUUCCUUUUUGGCAUAUAUUUCAGCAAAGAAGCUAACAUUUUGGAAAAGAAUAAAAGGAUCCCUUUGUAAAGCUAGUAUAUGUUCUACUGAAUCGGUCCAUUUGUUUA